UUUGCAGACUUCCAUUAUGGAGAGGCCGUUCCAGGGUUUUAUACUUUAGCAGAGGGAAAGUAAAUAUCUAAGAAAUUUCAACGGGAAUUGUGAGCUGAAAGCUGCUCUCUUAGCUAAUACAUAUACCGGCGACCCACUGCGCAGAAAAAUCCAUUUUCCAUAUAGUCUAGCUGAGGAUACAAGGUUUAUCAUGUUCGGCGGACGUCCUUGUCGUGAGUGCAUCAUUUACUCGGACUAUCAACGUAAAGACAAACAUUAACAAUGAAAUGCCUAAAAUAUUGUUAUUAUAAAUAUUUAUUAAAAUAUUUGAGAAAAACGCAAUUGAUAGUUGAAUAAAAUUUUUUUUUCGUGUAUUAGUGAAAUACUACCCACCUACAUAAAUUUGUGUGAAUAUUGCGAACUAAAAAAUCUACAUACAUACAUACAUAUAUACAAAUUAUAGGUCCUAUAAAGGACAAAAUAUUUCCAUUGAAGCUGAGGAGUUCCUAGAGAAAUAGUGUACUCCUACUUUCGCAUAUAUGCAGGAAUUUGGAUAGUAACAUUGAGCAGCUUUAAAUAAAAAUUUUGAAAAAAAUGUAUAAAUGAAAAAUAUUUACAAAAAAUAGAACUAAUCUGAGUAAGCAAAGAAACAUACGUAUAUCUGAGAAAUUUCUGCAAAAAGAGCAAUGGAGCCACCUGGUCGCUUACAACCGAACAGAGAACAACAGUUGGUUCUUUGCAAUCCGUUUAUCACUGUUGAAACGUUGCCAACGUCAACAACAGAGCAUAAUAUAGAAACACAAAAGCAAACGCAGGAACAUUUGGUGCGAAUAUCACAAUAUACAAAGAACCCACAGCCAUUAAUUUCACAUCAGUCGUUCAUGCAAUCCUCGACAAAAAAAAGUUUUGCCACGUUAACAGCUCUUACUCGCAGUGCCAGUACCAAUGCGAAUGGUGAAAGGUGUUCUGCGUUGAGUUCCAGUUCAGCAACCAUUAAUACCACUGCUUUGAGUGGAGGUUCCUUGGGACAUAACUAUGCACAACAUCAUCCCCAUAUGCACCACCAGCAGCCUACAAGUCCAGCAGCAAUUGGGUCAUAUCAUCAGCCCAACUACACUAGUGAUACUGGAUUUAGUGGAUCCUCACAACUACCCCAGCAGCAAACCAUUGAAAAGCUUUCUCGUCCAAUGGCAUUCGAUAAGAUGGAAGUCCUAGUACGAGAAAUGCAGGAUCAGGAGCAUGGUGUGCCAGUUCGACAACAAAAGAUGUUUCUUACGUCUAUUCCAUAUGCUUUCAUGGGCUAUGAUUUAAUUGAGUGGCUUAUGGAUCAUUUACAAAUAGAGGAGUCGGAGGCAUUAAACAUUGCCAAUCAGCUGUGCCUACAUGGCUACUUUUUCCCUGUCAGUGAUUCAAAGUCUCUGACUGUUAAAGACGACUCAUCUCUUUAUCGCUUCCAAACUCCUUAUUAUUGGCCGUGGCAGCACAAGGCACCGGACAAUGUGGAGUAUGCUAUUUAUUUGGCAAAACGUUCACUUCGUAAUAAGCAGCGCCAUGCAUUAGAAGAUUAUGAGGCCGAAGCUUUCGCUUCACUCCAUAAAAACCUUAAAGGCAAAUGGGACUUUAUUUCAAUGCAGGCCGAGGAGCAAGUACGGCUGGCCAAGGAGCGUAAGAAAGGUGAUAAAAUUGUAGGUGACUCACAAGAACGUGCUUAUUGGCGUGUACAUCGUCCACCACCCGGUCAAUUUACUCCCCUUGAGCCGUGCCCUAUCCCAUCACGAGAUCGUCAGGGCCAGAAACAUAACAAAAAAAAGACUGUCGAUGAUAUACAACGUGAAGUGGAAUUUCUGAGCAAAACGCUAAGUGGAACACGAAUGAAAAUGUCUCAAGCAUGUGAAUCUCUUGUUUGCUACUCGGAGACAUUCAGCGAAUAUGAUUUUUUUCUACAGCCACCGCUUCCCUCUAAUCCUUGGGUUACUGAAGAUGUUACUUUUUGGCAACUGAAUAGUACUUUUGUCGACAUACCUACUGAAAAGCGCGUAAAGCGCUGGGCUAUUUCUAUAGAGGAAUUAGUUUCUGAUCCCACAGGGUUGCAGGAGUUUACAAAUUUUUUAGAAAGAGAGUACUCUCACGAAAACAUACGUUUCUGGAUUGCAGUAAAUCGUCUCCGUCGAACUGCUCACUCUCAAGUAGCCCGCACAGUUAACGAGAUAUUUGAAGAGUUUCUUAAGCCUGGAGCACCUUGUGAAAUCAAUAUUGAUGGAAAAACCAUGGAAAGUGUACUACGUGGUCUUAAGAAUCCAUCGCGUUUCACCUUUGACUCCGCUUCAGAACAUAUUUACAUGCUUCUGUUGAAAAAGGAUUGUUAUCCCCGUUUUAUACGUUCCGAUCACUACAAACGACUUAUUGAUAGUGGUAUCCAACCUUCGCAUAAAAAAAGAUUCUUUAAUUUUGGUGCUGUAAGUGGAGCUAAGAAGAAAAUGACUGCCGCUCUUUCAAAUCAACCAAAUUUAGGCGACGUGAUUAAAAGCACGACGACAGGCAGUACAGCUUGUGGUAUUUGCACUGAUACAACUGCGCCUUCUGGUAAUCUAGCGCGACGACGUGGUAGUGACCGCAGUCUUACUGGCUCGGCACUUGAGCUAGCAAUCAUUGCUGUUAAUAAGACGACUAGUUCUAAAGUGCCGCAUUCUCACUCACAAAAUAAUCUGUGUGAGCUUCCGUACAGAGAAUCACCGAGCAUAAAGUUCGUUCAGUUAGAAACUACUGGGGACGUCUUACCAGCACCGGCAGAUAAGUCUAUAUGUCCAUGGGACGAAUCAACUUUAAAUUUAACUUCUGAUGUUAUCUCGAUUUCAUCUAAUAACGGAAUUAUCGCAGUUCCUUAUCAUCGGCCAUAUGAUGACAAUGCGGUGCAGCUGUCAAAGCAAUUUACCAGCAAUUUAGAAUGCUGUGAAGUUAUUGAACGUAGACAACGGAACUUUUGCAUACGACAUCAGAAUACCAUAGAUAAUGCCCAGGCGUGUAUAAGGAUUACAACAAAAAAUUUAACUGAGCAACGUCGUGCUUCCGUUUCAUUAAUGCACAGCAGUGAAAAUGAGACGAAACGCGUCAGUUCUUCUUUGACCUCAUCGGUACCCAUCGUAAACUUAAAUUUACAAUCCCCGAAAAUUCGCGGUGCAUGUGUUGAUAAUAAUAGUGGAAUUAUCAUUGCAGAAGAUCUACUAACUAUAAGUAAUGCGGAAGGUAAAUCAAUGUCACAAAAUAGUGAUCAGCCUUUAUCCAUGUCAGAAUCAUUACCGAGAGUAUCGCAAGCAAGAAACAUUAAUUUAUUAAGUAAGGAGAGCGAAAUUAUUGAUCUAGAAGCCAGUGAACAUCACCUAACCUCGCCGACACCAACGAGUCAAUUAGAGAACGAAAGGAAUACUAGACAUAGCAUUACCACAAGUACAUCGACAACUAACAUUAAUCGUCAACUUGAAUCAGAGUUAGAUGUCAUUAAAGAAGUUAAAAUUGAACUGAUUGAGUCUUCCGUCUACAAAAAUAGUAACACGCUACAAGAGCUUGUUUCCGGUCCACCAAUCAAUAUAUUUACGAAAGAAAGUGACCCUAAAAAUAAUUCUCAUCUCAUUAACAAAGAGAAAUUAGGAAGCGUUAAUAAGAUAAAUGUAUGCUCGGAAAUUACUGUCGAAGAAAAAAUUGAUUAUCAUAUUCAGGAAAAUGAGGUUGAACUGUCACCCACUACUGAUGAGUAUCAAGAAGGAAUGCAUUUUAGUAAUAAGGACGUAGUCUUCGACUACGAUAUUAUAGAAACCGAGAGAUAUCUUGGCUGCACAGCACCUGCACCGACACCGGCUCCUUCAUUGGCACCGCUCGCUGUACUAGAAGUCGAUAUAGUGGAUGAUGAACCCUUAGAUGAGUCUGCAGCUGCCAAAACUCCAACUCCUGUAUUAAACAACGAUGAAGUUUGUCGGCGGCGUAAAAAACGAAAUUCUGCAACUAAGAAGUUAAGCUCAUUUGACGAACGAGAUAAAAUAACUGAAAAGCCUGACAUCCCUGCGUUAACAUAUACUGAUGAGGCCGAACAUAACGCAGUAUGUCCCUGGGAAGAUGAAAAUGUUAACACCAGCGACGGAACAUUUGUCAAGACAUAUGCAACAUUGGGAUAUUUAUGAAUACAACCAUCAUAAAUAUAGGCAACAGAUUAUGAAGUUACUUUCUUAUUGUAGUAUGAAUUCAAAUAUAUUAUUAUGUUUACAUAACUUAACUAAUUCAAUGUAUAUAAUUAUGGAUACAAAAAUGCAUAUCCGCUUCGCAUGUUAAAUAAAAACGGUUUAAAAAAUAAAGAAUUACUUUGGUGAGACCAA